GACGGAGGUGACCGAGUGAGGUCGUGGCCAUAAUUGGAGAUGUGCAGGUCGUUUCACCCGGACACAGUAUUUAGUUGUGCUGCUGCUAACCUUCCGCUGUUAACGCAGCACUCCAGCCGGACCCGCAGCCCAAAGGAGUAACACGGCUAACCCGGUGAUCGCCUCCGGCCGGCAGGCUGCCAGCGUCGCGCUCCUGUGGCUGCUUUGCUUUGCCCAGUCCUUGGCUGCAACCCUGCUAAGGGUUGUUAGGUACUCCACCCACAACUAGAACCGUUCUCCAACAACCAUGUCGGGCUUCAAUCUGCUGCAUCUAAUAACCAAGAGUCAGCCUGUAGCUCUGAGGUCCUGCAGUCUUCCCUCAGGAGCAUGUAGGACUAAAAAGACAUGGCCGCUGAGCUUCACUGAGCAGGAGCUGAGGAAACGCCUCACACCGAAGCAGUACCAUGUGACCCAGGAAAGAGGCACCGAGAGUGCCUUCAGUGGAGAGUUCACGUAUCAUGCAGAUGAAGGGACCUAUACUUGUGUUGUUUGUGGGUCCCCCCUGUUCAGCUCCAGCUCUAAAUUUGACUCUGGAUCGGGUUGGCCAUCCUUCUUUGACCUCCUGAAGGAGGACUCCAUCACUAAGACCGAUGACUUCUCCUAUGGAAUGCACAGAGUGGAGACGACAUGCAGUCAGUGUGGAGCUCAUCUGGGACACCUGUUUGAUGAUGGUCCAAGACCCACAGGGAAACGCUACUGCAUCAACUCUGCCUCACUGGCCUUUGAGCCCAAAGACACAGCUUCCUCUGCCUCCAGCAGUGAAGCUGCCAGCAGCUCUGUGAGCGAUGAGAAGACCGAGCUCUGAGAGAGAGAUGGAGGACCGCGGGGGAGAGUCCUGCAGUUUAUUAAUAAACUAAACAGGAGUUACUGUGUAAAGAUAGAGGUGAUUAUACUUUGAACUGAAGAUGCUCAGGAUUUAGUCACAAACCAAGUAUUCUCUGUGUACAGGUGUGCAAAAAAGAAAUUGUGAAAUCAGAUAUUGGCUUUUUUUUUUUUUUUUUUUUAGUAUUGGACAUAUAGUAUUUGGAUAAGCAAAUAUUUGCGAGUGUGUGUGUGUGUGUGUGUGCAGAUAAAGGUUGUAUAAUUGAAAAAUAAGCUUUUUUUUUCAAUCAUUUAUUCAAAAAAAUUAAAGUUCAAUUCAGUUUUAUUUAUAUAGCAACAAAUCACAACAACAGACACCUCAAUGUGCUUUAAAUUGUAAAGUAAGGACCCUACAGUUAUAUAGGAAAUCCUCACCUUACAAUAUAAAGCCCCUUGAGACGACUGACUGUUGUGAUUUGGUGAUAUAUAAAUAAAAUUGAAUUGAAUGCAGAGAGCUUUUAGGACAGCCUGGUAAUAAUGAAUUACAAUAGUCCAG